GCAGGUACAACCUACCGUGCAGGUACAGCCUGCGAUGCAGCUACAGCCUGUACAACAACAGCCAGGUACUAUCAACAGCAUCGUGGUGACGGGACAGCCAAACGCUCCAAAACAUCGAAGGGACUGGAACACAGGGCUGUGUCAAUGUUUCGAUGACUGCAACACUUGUAUGUUUGGCGCCUGUUGUUGCCCUAUCCUGGCCAUGCAGACGGCAUCAGAACUUGACGAGACCCUGUGUAUCGUCUGCUUCGUUCCUGCUUCAACGGUGGCCAUGAGGGUUAAGCUGAGGACCCAGGAGAACAUCGGGGGCUCCAUAUGUGGCGACUGUAUGGUCUCCUACUGCUGCAUGCCCUGCGCUACGUGUCAACUAGCUAGAGAGGUCAAGAUCGUCAAAAGUGGACCCAAUCAAAGAGGGUACUAGCUGUCUACUAGCUACCUACUAGCUGCCUACUUGCUGCCUACUAGCCGACAACUAGCCUGCUAUUAGCCAAUGUCAAUGUCGAAAGAGUAAAUUCCUCAGCAAUGAUGGUCUACCGUGUCGUUGAAACAAAUUGUUAAUCAUUCUAAUUUAAUGUAU